CGCCGAACUGAGAGCUAGCCGGCCAUGACAGUGAACAAAUCGGACUUUCCCCUAGUGUGGUGAAGCACCUACAUUGCGUAUCAGCAUCAGCGGACGUUAACGCCAGCUCAAGUGCUUCUAAGGAAACAAAAGUCUUCAAGAAUAAGGACAUGUGCCAGAAACUGUAAUUGACUCUCUCUCCCCCUGAAGAGGAGGGAAGGAAGGACCCGUGGGGACGAGACGCUAACUGUCCCUCAAAUACGUCGAGCAACAUUUCACAUGAGCUGGAUUGCACCGUCUCAAGAUGAGUCUACCGCGACCGCCAUUCUCACCGCCUACCAGUCAUGUGACAUUCUGGCAGGCCGAAGUGGAACAAUUACAGGUGCCGGGUAUGGACCCCCACUCAAGGCAGCCUGGAGCUCCGGGGAAACCCCCAACUGCAGCACCUGGUUACGAGUGCAACAAAUGCCACACUAGAUUCGCGUCCAUAGCAAGCCACGUUGCUCAUGAAAUCGCCGGCUGUAUAACAAUGGGCCCUUCAACCAGCCAUCAGCAAUCCAACGUCCUGUACACUCGGGCGAACACACAGCCCGCACCUAUAAUGAGUCAGGGUACCAGUCGGGAACCAAGCGGGAGUAACGGACUACCGAGCCACACCCGUAACACAUCGCCACGGGGCAAGGACGGCAGGAAGGGGGAGAAAGUGACGAGUCCUCGCUCGUUCCUGCAGGCGGAGCAAGGAGGGCAGGAGUACCACUGCAAGGUCUGUCCCCAGGUGUACUACAGCAAGUCGGACGUGCUGCUCCAUGCUCGCUCGCACACGGAAGGUAAGCCUUACAAGUGUGAAGACUGCGGGAAGGGCUUUGCGACCACCUCCUACCUGAGUCAGCAUUCACGGGUGCACACCAACGUCAAGCCCUACCACUGCACCUACUGUGAGAAGUCCUUCAAGCAGCUCUCCCACCUGCAGCAGCAUACCCGCAUCCACACCGGCAUGAAGCCCUACAAGUGCUUUGACGCUGGUUGCGACAAGGCCUUCAGCCAGCUCUCCAACCUCCAGCAGCACUGGCGUCGCCAUAACAAGGAUAAGCCCUACAAGUGUCGGGACUGCUACCGGGCGUACGACGAGCUUGAAAAGCUGCAGAAUCACGUACUGUCGCAUGAGAACACGCGACGGGAGAAGCGGUACUCCUGCGGCGUUUGCGGCAAGACCUACAGCCUGGAGGUGUACCUCCUGAAACACAUGGAUAAGCAUCCGCAGCUCGCCAACAAUGGACUGACCAACCUACCCAUUGUUGACACAGGCAAGCACGCCAACCCCUCGGCUGUCGUCAAUCUAACCCAUCACAAGAAACACAAGAAGAGCAAGAAGAAGGCCAAUUCAAACCCAGCGCCCCCCAUGAAUAUGCACCCCGAGGGAAUUAACAUUAAUGACUACUCAUUAGCGGAGACCUCUGGGCCGCUUGUCCCGAUGCUGAUGCAUCUUCCACCACCUGACUCUGUUCUGCAGUCCUUGGCUUUGCCGCCUCGUAGUGCAAUUCAGAGCCAGACCACCGAGGCCAAGUCCAACUCCCUGCCCCAUGGUUUCCCAAUCCACACUGCGACCAGUCCCUCGACGAGCAGCCAUCCAAUAAACCUGCAUAUUCCUGUUCCCACCUCAUUAGGGUACAUGAACCGGGGUGCCCAGGCCGUAUUUUCAUCGGGAGAGGGGCCGUCGUUAGUCAACUCCCCUGCAUUUCAGUCGGCAAGUCACAUUGUUGAUUCUAGAAUGCCGUAUUUUCCCCUGCCAGUCUCAGCACCAAAUGUAUCACACGUCAUACAAGCAUGAAAGCAUUAGCUCAAGUCUUUUAGGGGGUGAGUUCUUCUCAAUUUUUAUUUUAAAAAGUCCGUAGAAUCAUCAUGAGAAUUUGGCAGAUGCAUGUGGUUGCUGUAGGCCAACCACUGUCAUCACCGACACUUUAUCGAAAGCCACCUUUGAUACUGAGCCACUUGUGUUUAAUUCAAACUCCAAGCAUUUUUGGUUGGACUUGGGCAGCUAAUGUUGGCCCCGCUACUAGCACCCAUCACAAAAAAAUGUUGUUAGCCACAAAAAAAAGAAGUUAUUUAAGUCAAACUAGCAAGGUCAACUGGCUAAGUUUACAUAGUGUAGUCAACUGACUCAGUCAAUCUAGCUUGGUCAGCCGUCUAAGUCAACCUUGCCUGGUCAACCGGCUAAGUCAACCUUGCCUGGUCAAUGGUCAACUGGCUAAGUUUACAUAGUGUAGUCAACUGACUAAGUCAACCUUGUUUGGUCAGCCGUCUAAGUCAACCUUGCCUGGUCAACUGGCUAUGGCAACCUUGCCUGGUCAAUUGGCUAAGUCAACCUUGCCUGGUCAGCUGGCUUGGUCAACCUUGUUGGGUCAGCCGUCUAAGUCAACCUUGCCUGGUCAACUGGCUACGGCAAUCUUGCCUGGUCAAGUGGCUAAAACAACCGUGCCUGGUCAGCUGGCUAAGUCAACCUUGCUUGGCCAGCCGUCUAAGUCAACCUUGCAUGAUCAAAUGGCUAAAAGUCAACCUUGCCUGGUCGCAUAGCUAAUUCAAGCUACUGUGCAUUGUAUUUUAUCGCUGAGACAUUCCUCUUUAAGGGACCUCGAAGGUACCUCGUAAAACGCAAGGUUUCAUGUGAAAAUGAAAUCUCUUUAAAUAACCAGGGCCCAAAUUAAUAACACUGUUUUUCCCAUCUGGGGGCAAAUUAUUAAGCUAAGCUUACCCAAGCACAAACUCAUGAAAUAACUCAACUUAAAAACAUGACGUUAUCAGCUUAGCGGAAAUGCUACUUUGUCCUACUUGAUGUUUUGCACACAUCAUGAUUCAAAGAAAUCUUAGUUGGUUUGGGGGAUACUGAUGAAAAUGUGAGUUAAUUGUUCUUGUAAGCCCUGAUGUUAUAGUUUUUGAAACAGUAUUUUUGUUUUUCAUUGUAUUUUUUUUGUCCUGUGUCAGGACCCAUCAUUGUUACACUCGCCCACUUAUUCUGGUAAUUAGGGGCUCUCAUAAUUUUUGUUCUUUUUUUCUUUUUGAAGACUUGCAUUUUUCAACUUGUUGGAGCACUUUUUUUGUAGGGGCAGAACCCAUUGCUGUUGUGAUUUCAGGUUCGUUGUCAGAGGUUUAAAGUGGUGUAAUCCUUUACAUUGCCAUCACAGAUGUCUCAGAAAACUUGAGGGAAGUGUAAAGGAAUAUUGGAAAUGAUUUUGCAGGCCUGUAUGCUUCAUUUUGGAAAGGGCAGGGGCACCAAGGCCUUUUCACUUUGGUAAGGGGCACUCUAUGCGGAAAGUGUAAGUUUCUACUGUAGCGUUUCAAGCGUUUUUGUUACCUCUGUGAAGUUUCAGGCCUGAUUUGGGAAAUUUUAUGGGAGUUCCUGCCCGACAAUCAUUGACAGUAUUAAUAAACUUGGGGGGACAACAAAGUUUGGUAGGGAAUGGGAGACUUUCUGGGACGAUAGAGGGCAGCAGACUUACCGGGUAAAUCCAUUGUUCUCAGAAUUAUGCGC